AUGCCACAGCCCACCGACGCUGGUCGCAUGCAUAUGUCUUCAUUGUCUUCGUCGUCCUCGAUAUCUGACGCCGAAACCGAGCGCAGAACCCGUGCCGAUCGCCCGCGCAUCGCCAGCCGCAAACCUUCCGCUUCCAUUCUUGUCCCGCGCGACCACCCAGAGAUUGAAAUCGAAGAAGAGGAGUUUCCCCCAGACGACGCCCGUGCCAUGAGUCCCAGACGUAACUCGGCCGACCUUGAGCGGCUGGGCAAGGAGGCCCGCCAGACAUUGCAGGAACAAGCAAAAGCUCUGCAGUCAUCCCUCCAAGCCCUCGCCGAACGCAUCGAGGCCGUCAAAUCGGAUCACGAUAAACUUGAGAGCGAGAACAAGAUGCUUCAGGACUACAUUGGCGGUCUAACCCGCAACAUGACCAAGACCGAAUUGACUCGCGCCGGUACCAAGGGGAGAAAGUCCCAGAAAUAG